AUGCCUCACUCACAGCAUGGCGAAGAUGCCUCCGCAACAGCGGCCGGCUCCCAAAUACCGGUGACACUUGUCGCCGACUCUCUUGAGAAGCCCUCACUUGACGAUCGCGAUUACCGAGUUGUCCGACUCGACAAUGAGCUCGAGGCUCUUUUGGUGCACGAUCCCGAGACCGACAAGGCCAGUGCUGCCCUUGACGUCAACGUGGGAAAUUUCAGUGAUGAAUCUGAUAUUCCUGGUAUGGCCCAUGCGGUCGAGCAUCUUCUUUUCAUGGGGACAAAGAAGUUCCCCAUUGAGAACGAAUAUGGUCAAUAUCUCUCCGCCAAUUCAGGAAGCUCCAACGCUUACACCGGACCAACCUCGACGAACUACUUCUUCGAUAUUUCUGCCAAGCCAGACAACGACCAGGAUCCUUCAGACACAAACCCGUCCCCGCUGCGUGAAGCUCUAGAUCGGUUUGCCCAGUUCUUCAUCGAGCCACUCUUUCUUCCCGAGACCCUCGACCGAGAGCUGAAGGCUGUUGACUCGGAGAACAAGAAGAAUCUUCAGAAUGACACAUGGAGACUGCAUCAGCUUGAAAAGUCUCUAUCCAACCCCAACCACCCCUUCUGUCAUUUCUCGACCGGUAAUUUUGAGGUUUUGAAGACCCUUCCUGAGGCACGUGGAAUUAAUGUCAGGGACAAAUUCAUCGAGUUCCAUGCCAAACACUAUUCGGCCAACCGCAUGAAGCUGGUUGUUCUCGGGAGAGAGCCUCUUGAUGUGCUUCAGAAAUGGGUUGCAGAGCUUUUCUCUCCAGUCGUCAACAAGAAACUCCCUCCGAACAGAUGGCCCGGCGAGCUUCCAUUUCGGGAGUCUGACUUGGGAAUGCAAUGCUUUGCAAAGCCAGUUAUGGACUCGAGAGAGCUAAACCUGUAUUUCCCCUUCAUCGACGAGGAGUUCAUGUUCGCCACUCAACCCAGUCGUUAUAUCAGCCAUCUUAUCGGACAUGAGGGACCUGGAAGUAUCAUGUCAUAUAUCAAGUCCAAGGGCUGGGCAAAUGGCCUGAGUGCAGGUGCUUAUCCCGUAUGCCCUGGUACUCCUGGCAUUUUCGAUGUGCAAGUCCGUUUGACGGAAGAGGGUCUCAAGAACUACCAUGAGAUUGUCAAGAUUUUCUUUCAGUACGUUACUUUGCUACGAGAAAACCCUCCCCAGGAGUGGAUCUUCCAGGAGCAAAAGGGGAUGGCAGAUGUCGACUUCAAGUUUAAGCAAAAGACACCCGCCAGUCGUUUCACUAGUCGCAUUAGUUCUGUCAUGCAAAAGCCUCUUCCACGAGAGUGGUUGCUCAGUGGCCAUAGCCGACUCCGAGAAUUCGCCCCUGAUCAGAUCGAAAAGGCGCUCUCUACGAUUCGCCCGGACAAUUUCCGUAUGGUCAUCGUGUCACGAAAUCAUCCAGGUGACUGGGACCAGAAAGAGAAGUGGUACGGAACUGAAUACCGCCACGAGAAGAUCCCCGAUGAUCUUAUGGAGGAAAUCAAGAAGGCCGCCGCAGUUUCCCCGAAAGAGCGCCUAUCAGCUCUUCAUCUACCGCACAAGAAUCAGUUCAUCCCUAACAAGCUCGAGGUCGAGAAGAAGGAGGUAGAUGAGCCUGCACUGAACCCGCGGGUACUACGCAACGAUAGCAUUGCCAGGACAUGGUGGAAGAAGGACGACACUUUCUGGGUUCCUCGUGCAAACGUGAUAGUGAGCUUGAAGACACCCCUUAUCUAUGCUUCCGCGGAAAACAAUGUCAAGGCCCGCCUGUUCUCAGAUCUGGUUCGCGAUGCGCUCGAGGAAUACUCCUACGACGCGGAAUUGGCUGGUUUGCAGUACAACGUCAGUCUUGACUCGCGGGGUUUGUUCUUGGACGUCAGUGGCUAUAACGACAAGCUUCCUGUGCUCUUGGAACAGGUUGUAACAACAAUGCGAGACCUUGAUAUCAAGGAAGAUCGCUUCGAGAUUGUCAGGGAGCGACUGGUCAGGGGAUACAACAACUGGCAGCUUCAAUCAUCCUACCAUCAGGUCGGCGAUUACACCAACUGGCUCAACGCGCCUGAACGAGACUUCAUAGUAGAAGAGCUUGCAGACGAGUUGCCGAGUGUCACAUUGGAAGGUGUCAGAUUGUUCCAAAAACAAAUGUUGAGCCAAGUGUUUAUUGAGGUGUACGUGCAUGGUAACAUGUACAAGGAGGAUGCCCUAAAGGCAACCGAUAUGGUCGAAUCUAUCCUGAAGCCUCGAAUGUUGCCCAGGGCUCAGUGGCCUAUCUUGCGGUCUCUUAUCUUAACUGAGGGCUCGAACCACGUCUUCAGGAAGACCCUUAAGGAUCCGGCGAACGUCAACCAUUGCGUUGAGACUUGGUUCUAUGUCGGUAGUCGCGAAGACCGUGAGAUUCGUACCAAGACUUUGCUGCUGGACCAGAUGCUUCAUGAGCCUGCUUUUGAUCAACUGAGAACCAAAGAGCAGCUGGGCUACAUCGUCUUUAGCGGACCCAGGGCUUUCUCGACAACAUAUGGUUUCCGCUUCCUUAUUCAGAGCGAGAUGACACCAGAGUUCCUCGACGCCCGUAUCGAGGCGUUCCUUAUGAGAUACGCAGACACUUUGGAAAAGAUGAGUGAGACGGAGUUUGAAGGUCAUAAGCGAAGCUUGGUUGUCAGGCGGUUGGAGAAGCUUCGGAAUCUCGAUCAGGAGUCCACCCGUCACUGGUCUCAAAUUACAAACGAAUACUAUGAUUUCGAGCUGGCCCAACGCGAUGCUGCACAAAUCAAGCUGCUGACCAAGCCUGAGGUCGUGGAGUUUUACAACAAGCAUCUCAACCCAACCUCCACUCGUCGAGCCCGUUUGUCCAUCCACUUGCAAGCCCAAGGUAAGGCCGAGGGCGUUGACAAGCGACAAGAGGAGGCCCAGAAGAAGGCGGAUGAGGAACCAUCUGCUGGAGAUGCUGUCGCGACUGCUCAAGAGGUUACAGAUGUCAGGCUUUACAAGGCCGGUCUCACUGCCAGUUCCGGCGCGAGACCUGUCAAGGAUAUCAGCGAGUACGAGGAUACAGAUGCCAAGCUGUAA